CACCACAUACCACCCAAGAUGUUAUUCACUGCUAACAAUUACCAUUAUCUGUCCCCACUUUGGGCUAAUCAGACAGAAUAUGUAAUGAUGAAGCCCGUUUCCUGCUGUCUUUGGGAGGUAACGGGUUAUUCUCUCCGCGGGGUUACACCUACUCCCAUUAGAGCUUCAGCACUUGACUAAUUCAGGUACUUAGCAUCCCCUAGACAGGGACGGUUUGAAAGCGGGCAGUGUUUGCAGCGGGGUGGACUGUUUAUAUAAACAGGGCACCUCUGUAAACGACACUAAUAUUUGGGCUUCGGCUGGAAUGGAGCGAGUAUCUGCUUGAGCCCGCGGGUUCCCGAGUAGGUUGGCGCAGUUAGUUGGUAGCUCGGGAAGAGUUUGUGGCAAAGGCGGCCGACCCUACAAUGGCCACAGCUGGCAGGAUCAAUUUUACGGUGAGGAGCAUUUUGGAUUUACCGGAGCAGGAUGCUAACAGCAGCGGCAAGCAGGACUCGGAUCGCCGUCCGUCGGGGAAGUACGCCAGCUCGCCGUACGGGGAAUGGAUCGAAAGCGACAGAAACCAUUAUCUGUCUUCCGAUGAGAGCGGUCCAGAAACGAGUUUACCCGAUUCCACCCAAAGAUCGCACCCUCCCCACGGCCCGGAAGCCGGGAAAAAGAAAAAGAGGCGAGUGCUCUUCUCCAAGGCGCAGACCCUGGAGCUGGAGAGGCGGUUCCGGCAGCAGAGGUACCUCUCAGCCCCGGAACGGGAGCAGUUGGCCCAUUUGCUCAGCCUGACCCCCACGCAAGUAAAGAUCUGGUUCCAGAACCACAGGUACAAAAUGAAAAGGGCUAAAGCGGAGGGGUCCUGCGGCACCGAACUCAGCCAGCCCCCUCUGCUCCGGAGAGUCGUGGUGCCAGUGCUGGUCAGGGAUGGCAAACCGUGCCAGACCUGUACCACCAGCCCGGGAGCGGCCGCGGCGCAGGACAAGUUGGUCUGCCACACACAAACUGCUUUCACAAUCCAAGGGUACCAAGCCUUCCAUCCCAGCUCCGCCGCUGCCCUGAGCCUCUGCCCUGCCUACCAGCGCUUAGCACACCCUGCAAUAGUCUCCUGGAACUGGUGAUGCUGCCUAACCUUCCUGAGCUGAACUGAGAACAAACAAACAAAUCAAGAAUCAAGCGAAUUCGUUGCCCCAAGCUCCUACAUCAAGAAUCUGGGAUGAAACUGCAGGUGGAUCCACAAGGGAGGCGAAUCCACAUCAGUGUAGACUGGUAUUCGGAACGCAACCUAGGGCUGUUUUGUUUUAUUCAAGCACUGCAUGGCUAGUCAGGGAUGUGUUUUGUUUUUCUUUGAGGGCAUCCGUUUUAGAGGAUGGGUGAGAAAACAAUUAUAUUUUUAAAUCCUAUGCGACUCCUGUUUCCAUUCGAAAGGCGAUUUGUAAAAUAAAUACAUACAAUAGUGGUUUGUACCUAAAAUAGAUUAUUCUUCCA